AGAAGCUACAUGGUUAUCUGGAAGCCUCUGAAGCCUUUGUUCCUCUUUAUUUUUAUGGUCAUUGUCUUCAGUAUCAGAGGCGGCAAAUUGUUUCUUUUUUCCCAAAAGGCCCAAAUACUUCCACUUUUCAAAGGCUUCCAUUUAUUGUUGGCACUUAACUUUAUCAACAUGUUACCUUUCUUGUGUUUAAAUUUAUAAAUAGUAAUCUUUUUGUUAAGGUCAGUUUACUGCUUUAAUCUCCAGUGUGCAAAACAAAUUCAGUGACCAUUCUCCUUGUAUUUAAGAUCAAAGCAUAUAGAGCACCCAUUCUCAAUUAUUGCUAAUGUCUGUUGUUAAACUUCUUAUUUUUAGGUAACUAUAGGUCGAGGACUUGGUCUCACCUACCAGCUAGUAUCAAAAAUCUGCCCGCUGAUGAUCUCUCGUAACCACUGUGUUUUCAAGCAGAAUGAAGAAGGCCAGUGGACAGUCAAAGACAACAAGAGUCUAAAUGGUGUUUGGCUGAACAAGGAACGCCUUGAUCCAUUAAAGGCCUAUCCCAUAGUUGAAGGAGACCAUAUCCAGCUAGGAGUGCCUCUGGAAAGCAAAGAAGCUGCUGAAUAUGAGUAUGAAGUGAUCAGGGAAGAAUGGGAGAAAAUUAGUCCGUUUCUAGCUCCUAGAAACGACCAGGUGAUGGGGAAAUCUAAGAGCACGAGAACAAAACGUAAAUUUAGCUUGGAAGAAUCUGAGGCAUUGGGAGCAGAAGGCCCUUCAAAUUCCAGAUCCAAGAGAGACAAAGUGCAUAGUGAACCUUUAAUUAAACCUUGGGAGAUGGCAGAAUUGGCCAAACAACCUACAGAAAACAUGGAUCUCAAGCUACCUUCUCCUGGAACAAGUGAGGAGGAGGAGAAAGCUCCAGUGUAUUGUGGUCCUUUGCAGCCAGAGAAAGCACUAUCCCUUGGCCAUAGGGACCAGAAAGCACCUAGUCUUGCACAAUCUUGGACUAGUUUGGAAAUGCUGAAGAAAACCCUGGUAGAUAUAAUGAAGUUGAAAGUCAAGGUGCAGGAGAAGCAGACAGCAGUCUUAAGUAUGAAGCAGAAGAGCAGGAAGAGUGCCCGGAAGGAGAUCAUGGUGAUGGAAAAAGAGCUGCAGGAGUUACAAGAGCAGUUAUGCAUUGAACAGGAGCAGCAUCAGCAGAGGGUGGAGCAGUUGGAGAAGAUGUUCUGUGGAGAACAACAAGAGCAGGAGGGAGUAAAACAGGAACAAGGGGAUGAGAGCCUGAAGGAGCAACUAGCUCAAGUCUUGCAGGAGCAUCGCGCUUUGAUGGAAGAGCUAAGCCGCAGCAAAAAGGACUUUGAAGAGAAAAUUCAAGCCAAGAAUAAAGAGUUGGAAGAGACCAAGGAGGAAAAAGAAAAAGUGAGAGCUCAAAAGGAAGAGGUUUUGAGUCAGAUGAAUGAUGUACUGGAAAAUGAGCUUCAGUGUACCAUCUGUUCUGAACAUUUUAUUGAGGCUGUUACUCUGAACUGCGCGCACAGCUUCUGCUCCUACUGCAUCAAUGAAUGGAUGAAACGUAAGGUGGAGUGUCCCAUCUGCAGACGGGGGAUAGAGUCCAAAACGCGCUCUCUAGUUCUGGACAAUUGCAUUGACAGGCUGGUAGAAAACUUGAGCUUGGAGAUGAAAGAACGUCGCCUGGCCCUCAUCAGAGAGCGCAAAGGUGAGAGAGAAGCAGGAUAUAUCGGUGAACCCAGCCACAGACAGUGAGAGCAGCAUAGUUUCUUCCAUCUAUUCCAUCUUGUCGAUGAGCAGUUAUGAUAGUGAUGACUUUGAGGAGGACUCUGACUACGAUGAUAGCUACUAUGUUAUCUGAGCACCCAUGCUAUGGAUUUGUUUGCCUGGGAGCCAUGCAGAGCCAACACACGGGUGGUUGGGCCCACUACCAUCAGAAAUGAAUGGCCUGGAUUGGAAACAGAAAGGCAAUGAAGAGCCAGGAAUGAAGAGCUGCGGACUGAAAGCACUGAACAGGAAGUCCUCUUUGUUCUUAAAUGAAUGUAUAAUUUCCUGACCCCUAAAGUGCAAGUGCAGUCAUUGGGGUAACUGACCCUUUUGUCACACUAAGUAAUAAUGUAUGCAUCUACAUUUCCAUGAUCACUUGUGACCUGCUCAGUUAACAUUAUGUCCUAGUUUGACUGUGUGCAGUCAGACUGGGGAGUGACAUCUGUUCAAGUGUAUAUAUUGGUUGGCUUUAUUUCUGCUGAUGGAGGGUAGUUGAGCAGGCUGGCCAUGCAAACAGCAGCGCAGAUGUAUGUCAAAGUUACAAGUACCGAUUUAAGAUGGGUUUUCCUUGUUGGAAUUUCACAUGGCAGCUUGACUUGGCCUUGCCUUUGACAGUAAAUGGUAUUCUUUUGGUUGUCUGUACCAACUCUUUGAGCCUCCUAUGCUUAGAUGCACUGUAGGUUGUAUUGUUUAAUUUCUUACUCCUCCAUUGAGAUUGUUGAUUUUUCUGUUGAGUAGAUUGAGAAGACUGACUUUGCCUAAAGUUUUGGCCCUGACUAAGCUUGAAUUCUGUUUCUCGCAGCACAUCAUCCUUCUCUCUCCAGGUUUUUGGAGGUGGGAAACCAAUUCAUCCAGAAAUGGCAUACAGUGGAAACCUUGUAUUGGUUCCUGCCAGCAUUUUUUCCUCCAAAAGUGCUAUUUUAAGUUAAUGAUGCAUCCUGUUGGCAGAGUAGGGAAUCAGCAUCCAGUGGGUAAUGGCAAGGUGAUGAGGGAAGUGGAGUGUGUUUUGUCUUUUUACAGUUUCCAAAAUAUUGCUGCUGAAUUGUGGCAUAACAGGAGCUUUGUAGCAAACCAAAUUUUUACUGGGGAAUGGAACACAUGUUGCCUCAUUUCAGCAGGCAUUUGACUGUGAAGCUCUGUUUCCAUUGGCCUAUAUACUUGAUUUAGUUUUGUUAUCUAAAAGCUUU